AUGCGUACAGAGGACAUCAAGAAGCUUGUGAGUGACCAACUACGAGACUUGAAAACUGGCAGGAACUUCGAAGAUGCCCUGCGCAAGGAGAUGGAUCAAGCAAACUCCACACCUUUCACCGUCGAAAUUGAGCAGGUAGCUCCCCCAAAGCGGUUCUCGACGCCUUCGUUUACACCCUUCAAGGGAGACUCCGAUCCCGAGAGCCACCUAAAACACUUCAAAAGUGUCAUGAUCCUCCACAAAGCCGACGACGCGUUAAUGUGCAAGGUGUUUGUGAUGACCCUGCGGGGAGCAGCUCAGGACUGGUUCCACACCCUACCAUCUGGGUCGAUCAGCAGCUUCAAGGAGUUGGCAUACGUCUUCGCGAAAGAAUACACGUCUUACCGGACAAUCAAGAAGAACCCCGACCACCUGUUCAACCUACGCAAGAAGUCCGACGAAUCCCUUCGAGAUUACAUCAAGAGAUUCAAAGCAGAAAAGGCCAACAUCAUAGCAUGUGACGACCGGAUCGCGUCCUCUGCUUUCAAGAAAGGCCUUCCAGCUGAACACGACUUAUACCGCGAGCUGACUAUCGCUCCCAGCCAGACUCUGGCAGAGGUCUUCGCAAUCGCAGAACGUUAUGCGCUCUGGGAUGACGAUCGAAUCGCCGCAAAGAAGUCUACUAAGCAGGAAGAUCAACCAACCAAGAGGGCAGGCCAAAAGAACGACGAGUUCAGCAACAGAAACAAGGACAAGUGUUAG